AUGUUUCACCAAACACUGACUCUUCCAGGUCACCCUCAGUGUCCCCGCUGGCAUCGGAUGGCUCUGGGGGUCGGCUGGGCUGGGAACAUCGUCCUGCUGGGAGCUGUGGUAGCAAUGGGAGUGUGGGGAAAUUUUAAGGGCCUGGGGAAUGACGGUGCCAAUGAGAGACCCAGCUACGGCUAUAACUGCAGCACUGAGCUGAAGGAUUUUCCAUUCUGCUUCAAACAGUUUCUAUGUGAACCUCCGUCCAGCAACUCAGGAGAGGGAUCAGGGUGCAAGCUCUGCCCCCCAAACUGGCUGCUGCACAGGGACAAGUGCUACUGGGUGUCUAAAGAAAAAACUCCCUGGAACAAGAGCCGCGACGACUGUUCAAAGAGGAGCGCUCGACUGUUAACGAUUCGGGAUCAGGAUGAGAUGGCCUUCAUACAAACUACUUCCAAAGACGCUAACCGGAUCUGGCUUGGACUCACCAUUACAUUCCCUGCAAGGAAAAGGAUUUGGGUGGACGGCUCCCUGUUAAAUCAAACACUGUUCAAGGUGGUGGAUCCUGCUGAAGGGAACAGCUGCGGGGUGAUAAAAGCAGAUCGGAUUCAUUUUGAAACCUGCAGUGCUGUAUCGAAAUGGAUUUGUGAAAAAGACGCUCUCCUGAUAUAGACAGUGACAUU